GAAGUGUCCUUGUAGCCAUCCGGAAUGUUUGUGACGGUCCGGAUAACUUUCCACUGCGUCAAAGAGGAAGCAGCAGCGUCCUGGAGGGAUGUCGUUCUGUAGUUUCUUCGGUGGAGAGGUCUUCAAACACCACUUCACAGCCGGGGUUUACGUCUGCUCCAAGUGUAACCACCAGCUGUUUACCAGCCGCUCCAAGUACGAGCACUCGUCUCCCUGGCCGGCCUUCACAGAGACCAUCCAUGAAGACAGCGUGUCGAAGCACAAGGAGAGGCCCGGGGCAUAUAAGGUGCAAUGUGGGAAGUGUGCAAAUGGACUUGGCCACGAGUUUGUGAAUGACGGGCCGACCAAAGGCUCGUCUCGCUUCUGAAUAUUCAGCAGCUCACUGAAGUUCGUCCCUAAAGAUAAGGUCGAUGGACAGUAAGUGAGCUGUGAGGCUGAAGCGUCUGCUGCUGGAGGUGUGGACAGCGCAUGAAGGGUCCUGGGAUGAAGCCCACCUGGGAGCUCCAGGGCUCUGAUCCAUGAUGGCCGCACUGGACAGCAAUUCUUUUUUCUAUUAGGCAAUCCAUCACCACCUCAGGAAAGCUCACUGAUUACACAAUCACCAGUUUUGGACUUAUUUAUAGUACCUGAGAUUGUCUGACUGAGAAUAGCGUUCUUAUGAUUCUAUAAGCUAUUUAUUACUAAGAGAUGAAACACGUCUAUUUACUUACCUUCAAUGAUUGAUAUGCAAACUAAAAUAAAUAUAUUUGAAAUUAAAAUAA